AUGAGGGGAUGCGGUUCCAUAUGAAAUGCCCACCUUGAAAAACUAAUCCACACAACUUCCCAUCUCCCUCAUUUGUUCCCUAUCCUUUUUGUCCUCAUUCACCCCUUUUUUUAAUUGCUGCGUUUGUUUGUUUUCGUGUAUUGUACUUGAAUAAUUAAGAGUUUUCAGCCUACCUCCACCACUAUCUUCAGCUCAUCCUCUUUCAUGCAAUCUCCUUCUCUGUAGAGGAGGCCAAGAAUUGUUUGGGAACCGAAGAACUAAAUAAUGGCAGACACAGAGAUAACCAAUGUUACCGAGUAUGAGGCCAUUGCUAAGGCAAAAUUGCCUAAGAUGGUUUUUGACUACUAUGCAUCUGGUGCUGAGGAUCAAUGGACUCUUAGAGAAAACCGAAAUGCUUUCUCAAGGAUUCUGUUUCGACCUCGAAUUCUCAUUGAUGUAAGCAAGAUUGACAUGACCACAACUGUCUUGGGCUUCAAGAUUUCAAUGCCCAUCAUGAUUGCUCCUACAGCCUUUCAGAAAAUGGCUCACCCUGAAGGUGAGUAUGCAACUGCAAGAGCAGCAUCAGCAGCUGGGACAAUCAUGACCUUGUCCUCAUGGGCUACUUCCAGUGUUGAAGAGGUGGCUUCAACCGGCCCCGGCAUUCGAUUUUUCCAGCUCUAUGUUUACAAAGACAGGCAUGUGGUUGCACAACUUGUGAGGAGGGCUGAGAGGGCUGGCUUCAAGGCAAUUGCCCUUACUGUGGAUACUCCAAGACUUGGCCGCAGGGAAGCUGAUAUCAAGAACAGAUUUACUUUGCCACCAUUUUUGACAUUGAAGAACUUUGAGGGAUUAGAUCUUGGCAAGAUGGAUAAGGCCGAUGACUCUGGACUAGCUUCAUAUGUUGCUGGCCAAAUUGACCGGUCUCUUAGCUGGAAGGAUGUCAAGUGGCUUCAGACAAUUACUAAAUUGCCGAUUCUGGUGAAGGGUGUUCUCACUGCUGAGGAUGCAAGGAUAGCAGUAAAUGUUGGAGCAGCAGGAAUCAUUGUCUCCAAUCAUGGAGCUCGCCAACUUGAUUAUGUCCCUGCAACCAUUAUGGCUCUAGAAGAGGUUGUCAAAGCCACCCAAGGGCGUAUUCCUGUUUUUCUUGAUGGUGGGGUGCGGCGUGGGACAGAUGUCUUCAAGGCUUUGGCUCUUGGAGCCUCUGGCAUAUUUAUUGGAAGGCCAGUGGUGUACUCAUUGGCUGCUGAUGGUGAGGCUGGUGUCAGAAAAGCACUUCAAAUGCUUCGUGAUGAGUUUGAGCUAACCAUGGCAUUAAGUGGUUGCCGCUCCCUUAAAGAGAUUACCCGCAACCACAUCAUGACUGACUGGGACACUCCUCACAUUCUGCCUAAGCCAAGGUUAUAAGAUGGUAAUGCUCCUUGUUGGGAACUGAUCGUGAUGAAAGGUUAGGUGUCAAGAGCCUUUGCCAUUAGAAUAACUUCAUCCCAGAUUCAUUGGAUGGAAAAGUAUUUAGAAGAAUUUAAGCUUUUGUAAUGACAAUGAAUGGUACUUCUAUAAAUGGCUAUUUCUGCUUUUUCUGUGUAUACUGUAUAGCUCCUCCAAGCCAGGAUGGUUUGCUGAAUAUUAUCUGGGCAUGCUUUGAAGUUGUAGAAAUUGCAUUGUGGCAGUGGCACACAUUAAACCA